AUGAUCGAGCACGUGGUGUCCCUUGACCCCUUCCCCGGUGUCGAGAGCUGGUUGAUGUCCUCCCAAGUCGAGUCCCCUAUCUCUCCCAGCGCAACACCCUCUGUGCAGCUACGGAAUCCGAUAUCACUGCGCAUACGGAAGAUUCUCUCUACCAACUACACUGACGAGGCUACCAAAGAGGCCAUCUACACUGUCUCUUCGCUCUAUAGUGAUGCCGCGAGUCACGUUGCGAUCUCAAGACCGAAGCAAGAUGGCGAUGAUGUAGAUGAGGAUGAAGUGCCACCCUCAGCAAGGACUAGAGUGGAGGAAUAUGUCCUGAACGAUACCGCCGCAAAAGCACGCAAGAAUCUCCGCAGAGACCUAGAAGACAAACUCGCAAAAGGAAGCCAACACUUCCUACUAGCAUUUGGCGAGGUCGACCAGAAGCUAGCCGACCUAGAAAACCACGUCGCAGCGAUGCGCGCCUCGUGCGACGACGCCGAGGCCCAGCUCCAGCUCACCACCACCGCGAGCAAGGCUCUCCUCGAGCGUGCCGAGAAGCUCCGCUCGGAGCGCCAGGAGAUCGACACACAGGCGCGCAUCGUCGAUCUCUUUCUCUCACGCUUCCUGCUUUCAGAGCAGGACGCAGAGACGCUCGCGAGUGCGCCGGUGGGCCCGCGGUUCUUUGCGGCGAUGGACCGCGCGGAGAAGUUGAGGGCGGACUGCGCGAUUUUAUUCGAGGAGGGCGGGGGAGAGGGCAAGGCGGGGAUGGACAUUCUAGCGCGGACGUCGUCGCAGCUCGAGACCGCGUUCGACCGGCUACAUCGAUGGGCGAUGGCCGAGUUCAGGGCGUACCACCUUGAGGCCUCUCCCGCAGUGCGAGAAGCCAUACGCAGACUCAGCUCCCGGGGUGAGCUCUUAGUCACCCCACUUCAAACCCUUACAGCAACUCAUUCUACCCAUCUUUCCUCCGCGUUCACUCAAGCGCUGAAGUCGUUCGCGCUGCAUGCGCACGAUGCACUCCGAUAUGUCGGCGAUAUGCUCGCCUGGAUCCAUCAGGCGGUCGCGGGGGAGUGCGAGUUCCUCGAGAGCAUCUUUGCUACGGAGGGCGCCGACGACGAGGCGUCCAAUGAGAAGAAGCGAGCUCGGAUGGUGGGCAGUGUGCGGACGUUUGGGAACCGCGAGGAGGACGAGUGGACGAGGGGCCUAUUGGAUGGGGCUGUCGAGGGGCUUUGUGCGCCAUUGAGGGCGCGCAUACAACAGACUCUGCGCUCACAAGAGAGCGCAAUUGUGUCAUACAAACUAGCCAACCUUGUGCAGUACUACGCUCUUACGAUGCGACGGACCAUAGGGCGAGAGGCAUUUCUCAGCGUUACGCUCGAUGAAACCACAGAACUCAGCUACAAGGUCUUCUUUGACACCAUUGAUGCGCAGGGCCGUGCGCUUUCCCGCAUACAACCUGAUCCUCACGACAACGAUCUCUCUCCGCCCUUAUGGGUCCUCGAACAUGCUCAACUCCUCCGAGAGAUAAUGCAGGUAUACGACUCGUCCCUCCUUUCGGGAGAAGACCCAGAGGUAUUGGACGUUUCGCAUGCUCGAGAAACUGCAGAUGCCGUUGCGUCAGAUGCUGCGGCGAAAGGGUCUGGCGAGGGUGAAGCGGCAUCGACUCCGUCCGAAAAUCCAAAGCCGAUAACAAAAUCUGCGAUCGACCACAUGCUCAAUGCAACCGUCGAUCCCGCGCUAGAGGCUUGUUUCGCGAUCGCAGACGAGAAGCAGAGGAUAUCGCCGAGAUGGGAUAGUGCGGUCUUCAAGCUGAACUGUGCGUACUAUCUUCAGAGUGUUCUAGAGCCGUAUGACUUCACCAAGCUGAAACAGGCUCGCGUUCAGAAGACUAUUGACGAGUGUGUCGCUUCUUUGACCGAGGACCACUACAAGAACCUAUUGAGAGACGCCGGGCUGAACGCCAUCGUAGACGCACUAGACACCAAAGCACCUUCAGACCCACUCUCGCACCUCCCCACCGCCCAGCCCUCCUCGCUCACGCCCGCACUCGCGCACUUCGCACUGUGGCUCACAAGCCCCGCGGUCGUGCACUCCCCGCGGCUCACGGCGCUCACGUCCGCGACGCUCUCGAACCGCAUCCACCACGGCGCGAUCGUGCGCCUCGCGCGCGCGUACGACCGGCUGUGCCGCGCCGUCCGGGACCCUGCGGCGCGGUACGAGGCGCCGGGUACGAUGUUGGGCGCGGAGCGGCCAUUUGGGAAUGUGGGGAUACUGUGUCAGGUGCUUGGGGUGGAGGAGGGGGAGGUUGUUGGGUAGGGAGUGGGGUGCGUUCGGGGUGUAUAUUUGGGAAGAGCUAGGGCUACGUGUUGGUGCUUGAUGCUCGGAUCCGGCGCGGUUUAGCCUUUCUCAUGGGUGAAUGUGGGAGCUUUUCGGAGAAAC